CAAAGAUCUUAUUUACGUCAAAAGGGGAGACAAUUUCACAAAACAACGUUCAGAAAAUUUACUUUUGAAAGAUUUUUAUUUCUUGGUGGUAGUAUGGAGGAUAUAGGUUUUGAAGAACAGUUAAAGCAAGAAGAAAUACAGAAACUAAAGGAAGAAGAGAGCAAAGAUAAAACCUACAAAGACGAAGAUGGAACAGAGUAUGAAUGGGAUGAGGCCAAAAAAGCAUGGUUCCCUAAAAUAAGUGAAGAUUUUAUUGCCCAGUAUCAGAUGACUUAUGGUGCUCAUUCAGCAGAUCCACAAAAUGGAGAUCAACAAAGUGCAGACCAAAAUAAGGAAGAAAAAGAUGGUGAAUCUGAAGAUAAAGGGGUUCCAAGCUUAGAAGGUUUAGAUGUAAAUAGUGAAGAAUAUGCCAAACGAUAUCAUGAAUAUUAUGCUUACUACUAUGGGGAAGAUUAUGCAAAUUAUUAUAGCUAUUACAACCAAGAGGAGGUUCAAGGUGAAGUUCAAGCAGAAGGUCAAGGUAAUAGUGAAGGUCAGGAUGGUAAUCAAAAAGGAAAGAAAAGAAAAAAGAAAGGAGAAAAACCUGAUCCUCCACCAAAACGUGAAGAAGGCUGGUUUGAGGUUGAGGAAGAUAAGAACACUAAUGUUUAUGUGUCAGGAUUGCCUGAAGAUGUAACAGAGGAAGAAUAUAAAACUUUGAUGAAUAGAUGUGGACUGGUGAUGUUUGACCCAGUAAUGAAGCAACCCAAACUCAAACUCUACCUCAAUGAACAUGGUAAUCCUAAAGGGGAUGGCAGAUGUUGUUAUAUAAAGACAGAGUCAGUAGAGUUAGCCCUGAAGUUUUUAGAUGGAUCUGAUGUUAGAGGUAGUACCAUCCAUGUAGAAAGGGCACAGUUUGCUCUCAAAGGACAGUUUGAUCCAGCUAAAAAGAAGAAAAAGCUGUCAAACAAACAGAAAAGAAAAUUCUUGGAAAAGCAGAAAAAGCUGUUUGACUGGAGGCCUGAAUUGAAAUUAGAACCUGUCACAAGGCCGAAGAAUGAAAAAGUUGUUGUAUUAAAAAAUAUGUUCAGUCCAAAAGAAUUUGAGGCUGAUCCUAUGUUGAUCAAUGAACUGAGAGAUGAUACAAGAACAGAAUGCUCCAAGUUAGGGGAGGUGAAAAAUAUCAGACUUUAUGACAACCAUCCUGAUGGAGUUAUUACUGUCACAAUGAAAACACCAUGUGAAGCUGAUGAAGUCAUAAAACUACUCAAUGGCCGAUGGUUUGCCAAGAAACAAAUAACGGCAGAAUCUUGGGAUGGAAAAACUAAAUAUGACAUUGAGGAAUCAGAAGCUGAAAGGGAUGAACGACUGAAAAAAUGGGGAGAAUUCUUAGAAAAGGAUGAACAGUCUCAAAGUAGCAAUAAUAUAACAAAUACAAGUGCUGAAAGUGCUGAUAGUAAAGCUUCAGUAAAUAGUAGUCUGGAAAGUCAAACCUCUCAGGAAAGUCUCACCUCAGUAGAGGAAGUUGAUAAGGGAGAUAAAUCUAACAAUGUUGUGACAUCUGAUAAAAUAUCAUCUGUUUCUAAACAGGAUAAAAUAAGCUGAUUUCUAAAGUGAUAUUUACUUUAGGAUUGGAUAACUAUACUAUCUGGAUAUAGUAUUAUGUAUAUAGAUAUAUGUUGUAUCAACUUACUAUGUUUGAAACUGUUCCAGAUUGUUCAUGUUUAGGAGAGUAGUAGAUAUAAACAUAUGCUUAACUUGGUUAUUUUUCAUUUUCAGAAAUAAAUUCAAAAAAUCUA